AAUGGUAGUUCACUCAAACUGAAGAUAAGCCUUAAAAAGAGAGCCUCCCAAAAAAUGAAGUUUACGACCUUUUUCUCUCUGUUUCUACUUUGUGCCUUCACCUGGAACCUCCCUUCAGCCAGCGCUGAUGUGGUAGACACUGACGGUAAUCCUCUUGAAAAUAGUGGCACAUACUUUGUGAGGCCAGUUAUAAUAACUGGAAACGGGGGUGGGGUAGAAUUUGCAGCAACCGGAAACGAAACUUGCCCUUUAUCUGUUAUCCAAGUUUCGAGUCCUUUCGCUAACGGCAUACCGAUACUAAUUUUAAGCCCAGAGGAAAAGCUUUAUAUAGAAGAAGGUUCUCUUGUUGACAUUGGGUUCUCUUUUGUACCCCUGUGUUCUCCCUAUCCAUCUAAGUGGACUGCUGUGAAGGGUUUGGGAGAUAAGCUCUCUAUUAAACUUAAUGGGUACGACAACAUAGUAGCCGGUAAGUUUACAAUUAAGGGACGUCCGCCCAUCAUCGGGGGCUACCGCAUCUUGUUCUGUCCUGAUGACGAGAGUUCAUGUGGAUAUGUUGGGAUUCAGUUUGAUGAUAAAAGAAACAGGCAUUUGGUGGUGACUCAGAGUCAGGAGAGUGCCUUGUGGAUUCGGUUUCAGAGAACUGCACCCGCAUUACCUGCAACUGCAACUGCAUCUGCGUGAACUACCACUACCCCUGAAAGGUCAUGUGUAGUUUCUCAUAGUGAGAGACAACAUUGUUGUAAUAAUUGCAUGACUAAAUAACAUAAUUGGAGUUGAUGUUUUCCGCA